GUGAGGGGCUGGGGGUGUGCGGGGCCGGGGGGGGCGUGGGCAAUGUCCUUGUGCCACGCCACGUCCUUGUGCUUGUGUCACGCUGGGUGCUUGUGCCACGCCACGUCCUGGUGCCCCACACGCGCUGGUGCCCUCCAUGGUCUCGUGCGCCGCCUCCCUCGUGCCCAUCGUGCGUCACACCACGUCCUCGUGCCACGCCACGUCCUCGUGUCAUGCCACGUCCUCGUGUCACGCCACGUCCCGGUGCCCAUCACGUCUCCGUGUCACACCACGUCCUCGUGCCACGCUGUGUCCUCCUGCCUGCCGUCUUCUCGUGUGCCACCUCCAUUGCACCCUCGUGCCCGUCGUGUCCCACGCCGCGUCCUCGUGCCAUGCCAUGCCCUGGUGCCCGCCAUGUCCCACGCCGCGUCCUUGUGCCACGCCGUGCCCUGGUGCCCGUCGUGUCCUGGUGCCCGUCGCGUCCCUGUACCGCGCCGCGUUCUUGUGCCAACACUGCAUCCUCGUGCCUGCCAUGUCGCCGUGCGCCACGUUCAUCGCAUCCUUGUCCCCGUCGUGUGCCACGCCGUGUCCUUGUGCCCGUCGUGUCCUGGAAUCCAUCGUGUCCCCCUGCUGUGCCAUGCCACAUUCUCCCACCACGCCACGUCCUGGUGCCCAUGGUGUCCUCGUGCCACCACCGCGUCCUGGAGCCUGUCGUGACCCCAUGCCCAUCGUGUCCUGGUUCCCAUCACGUCCCUGUGUCACACCACAUCCUCCUGCCACCCUUCAUCCUCGUGCCCACCACGUUCCCGUGUCCACCGGAUCCUCGUGCCCACGGUGGGCGAGGGCCCCAUGGCACCACGUCCCGGCACCACGUCACGUCACCGCGUCCCUCCCACCACCCCCGCCAGGCUCGGUGCGGUGCCGUUGCUUGGUGACGGCUCGUGGCCGCCUACGCAGAAUGCUGCCGGUGGUGCUGCCGCAGGGCUGGGGGCGGCCGUGCCCCUCCCCGGGCUGGGGUGCCGGGGGGUGCCGGGGGGUGCCGGGGGUGCCUGGGCGCCAUCUCACCCCUCUCCUCCCUGCAGAGGCCUUGGUGAACAGCCAGGAAUGGACCCUGGGCCGCUCCGUCCCCGAGAUCCGCCUGGGCGUCCUGGGCAGCAGCAAGAGCGGGAAGUCUGCGCUCGUCCACCGCUUCCUCACUGGCUCCUACGUGGGCCUGGAGCCCACCGAGAGUGGUCAGUUCAAGCGCGAGGUGAUGGUCGAUGGCCAGAGCCACCUCCUGCUCAUCCGGGAGGAAGGAGGCGCCCCAGAUGCCAAGUUUGCCAGCUGGGCGGACGCCGUCAUCUUCGUCUUCAGCCUGGAGAACGAGAGCAGCUUCGAGGAGGUGACGCAGCUGCACGCGCUGCUCAGCAGCUACCAGGGUGCCAGCGAGGUGGCCCUGGCGCUGGUGGGCACCCAGGACAAGAUCAGCUCCUCCAACCCCCGGGUGAUCGAGGACGCCCGGGCCCAGGCGCUCUGCGGGGACAUGAAGAGGUGCCUCUACUACGAGACCUGUGCCACCUACGGCCUCAACGUCGACCGGGUCUUCACUGAGGUGGCCCAGAAGGUGGUGGCCCUGAAGAAGCAGCAGCAGCUCAUGGCGUCCUGCAAGUCUCUGCCCAGCACCCCCAGCCACUCGGCUGCAUCCACCCCCGUGGGGGGCAUCCACCCCGGCCAGGCCAGCAACGGCGGCCACACCAGCGACUACUCGUCCUCGCUGCCGUCCACCCCCAACGUCAGCCAUCGGGAGCUGCGGAGCGAGACCCCGGCCCCCCUGGGCACCCCCAGCUCCCUGCACCGCGGGGCCAAGCGCCGCACCAGCCUCUUCGCCACGCGCCGGGGCAGCGACUCGGAGAAGCGGAGCCUGGACAGCCGGGGGGAGGUGGCGGGCAGCGGCCGCGCCAUCCCCAUCAAGCAGAGCUUCCUGCUGAAGCGCAGCGGCAACUCCCUCAACAAGGAGUGGAAGAAGAAAUACGUCACCUUGUCCAGCAACGGGCUCCUCUUCUACCACCCCAGCAUCAACGAUUACAUCCACAGCACCCACGGGAAGGAGAUGGACCUUCUCCGGACCACCGUCAAGGUCCCUGGCAAGCGCCCGCCCCGCGCCAUCUCCGCCUGCGGCCCCUCCGCCAGCAUCAACGGGCUGGUGAAAGACGUGGGGACGGCGGCCGAGGGCGGUGCCGGCACCUCCCCCGUGGGGCUCAGCCUCCCCCCGGAGCCGGGGAUGAAGGGGACGGGCAAGGGCGAGCGGGCCCUGCAGCGCUGCGCCUCCGCCUCCAGCGCCAAGCUCUCCGGCUCCGAUGGCCCCCCCGCCUUCGAGGCCGUCUCCAGCCCCGGCAGCUCGGGCAAGGACCCGCCGCCGUCGCCCAUGAUGGACAGGAAGAAGCACCGGCGGAAGAAGCUGAUGACGCCGUCCAAGACGGAGGGUUCGGCCGGGCAGGCGGAAGCCAAGCGCAAAAUGUGGAAAUUAAAAAGCUUUGGUAGUUUAAGAAAUAUUUAUAAAACAGAGGAGGAGAACUUCGAGUUCAUCAUCGUGUCCAGCACGGGCCAGACGUGGCACUUCGAGGCCGGCAGCUUCGAGGAGCGCGACGCCUGGGUGCAGGCCAUCGAGAGCCAGAUCCUGGCCAGCCUGCAGUGCUGCGAGAGCAGCAAGAACAAGGCUCGCAUGGACAGCCAGAGCGAAGCCGUGGCCAUCCAGGCCAUCCGCAACGCCCGGGGCAACUCGCUCUGCGUGGACUGUGGGGCGCCCAACCCCACCUGGGCCAGCCUGAACCUGGGGGCCCUGAUCUGCAUCGAGUGCUCCGGGAUCCACCGCAACCUGGGCACCCACCUCUCCCGCGUCCGCUCCCUCGACCUGGACGACUGGCCCCGGGAGCUGACGCUGGUCUUGACCUCCAUCGGCAACGCCACCGCCAACAGCAUCUGGGAGAAGAACCCCCAGGGCCGCUGCAAACCCACCCACGAGUCGUCCCGGGAAGAGCGGGAGUCGUGGAUUCGGGCCAAAUACGAGCAGCGGCUCUUCCUGGCGCCGCUGCCGCCGGCCGAGGCGCCGCUGGGGGAGCGGCUCCUGUGCGCGGUGCAGGAGAAGGACCUGGAGACGGUGCUGCUGCUCCUGGCCCACAGCAAGAAGGAGCAGCUCAACGUCACCGCCGGUGACAAGGACCGGCGCACGGCGCUGCACGUGGCUUGUGACCUGGCCCUCGUGGUCAUCACCCAGCUGCUGGUGUGGUACGGCGCCGACGUCCGGGCGCGGGACGGGCAAGGCCGGACGGCGCUUUUCUACGCCCGCCGCGCCGGCAGCCAGGAGUGCGCCGACAUCCUGCUCCAACACGGUUGCCCCGGCGAGGGUCCCGGUGGCCCAGGUGGCCCCGGCGGCUCGGCCACCCCCGGCAUCCGCCGCAAGAGCAGCUGCGCCAGCGUGGGGCCCUGCGAGCCCCGCACCGCCCUGGUAUAGCCGGCGAGGGGCCCGGUUGCCCGCUCGGUAGCCCACCACCCAACCCCCCCCCCCCCACCCCCGGACUACGGGUGCCCCCGGGCCCCGGCGUCGCCCCCCCCCCCCCGGUUUGUAUUUUUGAUGCUCUAUUUAUUAUUCAGCCCCCGCUGGGGUCUCUUUGGGCCUGUCCCUGUGUGUCCCCGUCCCCCCCCCCCUCCAAGCCAGGUCCCCUCCCCAGGGGGGGUGGUGGUGGUGGUGGGGGGGGUGUCACAGCGGUGGCAUCGCCACCCCCACGCCU